UGCAGCCCAAGGCACUCUCAACAGGUAAGGCGAAGUUGUCGGAACUGUUCCUUAUCUUAGAACUCAGGUGCAACUGCACGCCCCGGCGUCGCAGUCAUGGCGGACUCCCAGCUGGAAUGUAUGGAAGACGGUAACAUAAAGGACAACAUCCCGGAAUCCAGGCCGGAGUUUGUUUAUAGCGAACAGCAGCGUGUUGCCUUGGAGCUCCUACUGAAAGAAGGCGAUGGCGCCUUCAAAACGCAACUGAAAACAGAGAAUGGAAAAGAUUUUUUAUCUGCCCGGGAGGUAAAGUGGUUAAGGGAAACGGUGAAAGAAUAUCAAACUAACGAGGAGGAUGACGAGACUUCUUCGGCAACACCUGAAAGUAAGGAGAAAGAGGGUUCCUCUUCUAGUUUACGUUCAACAUACUGGCCCCAGCUUUCGGACACUGAAAUACCGCCGCUGGAUCUCGGCUGGCCGACAGGAGGUUUCUUUAAAGGUGUCACGCGUGUGGCAGUUCACACGCACCCACCAAAACAGAAUUCGCCUCACAUCAAGGAGGUGGUGCGCAGACUUAUUCAAGAGGCAAACAAGAUGGUCGCCAUAGUGAUGGACCUCCUCACUGACCUCCACAUCCUGCAGGACCUCCUGGACGCUGCCGCCAAGCGCGGCGUGGCCGUCUACGUCGUCCUGGACAUCCGCGGGGCGCCUCACUUCCUGGACAUGGUCAACAGGCUGCAGGUCGGCCCUCUGCACCUCAAGCACCUGCGGGUGAGGACGGUGAGUGGAACAGGGUUCCAGCUCUCCUUCGGGACGAUCCCGGGAAUUCUGUGCAGCAAGUACAUGCUGGUGGACGGAGACAAGGUCAUGUUCGGCUCCUACAGUUUCUCCUGGACCUCCUUCCGCACGGACCGCAAUAUGAUCACCGUCAUGUCGGGCCAGGUGGUGGACUUCUUCGACAACGACUUCCGCGAGCUCUACGCCGUCUCCGAGAAGAUGGACCUCUACAAGGAGUUCCACAUCAGCCGCCCGGCGGCGCCGCACGUCCGCACGCCCUCCGUGCCCAAGCGCCCGGCCGCCACCUCCCGCUUCCAGGUCAGCCUGGGCGACGCCAAGGGCGGCGACGCCGAGGGGGGCGAGCUGAAGGUGCCCGCGCACAAAUACUACAACCCCAAGUACCAGCUGGCGUUCGGGAACAGCCCGGGCCCGUCGGGCGAGCUCCACGACGGGCUGGCCAGGCUGGGGUUGGGAGGAGGAGGAGGGGCGGCGGCGGCGGAGGCCCCCGAGGACCCCGAGGACACUCUCGGCCCGCUGCCCUCGUCGUCGUCGCCGACGGGACUCAAGCCGCCGAGCCCCAAGAAGAGAUCGCUGAAAAACCUCUUCAAGAGGCCGACCAGUCUGAAAGCGUCCAGCACCCCGAGCUCCCCCGCCACGGGCGGCCUGGCCAACGGGAAGGUGGACAGCUCUGAGGACCUGAGUUCGGGGCCGUUCAAGGGGAAAAGCAAAAAACUGUCCAAAAUGGGCGCCAAGAGCCAAUCCUUAAUGACCAUCGACGGGACAGAUGAGAAUGGGGCCAAGAGCAAGAAAAAGAAAAACUCAUGUGCAACAUCUUAAAGAGGUGGUAUACUUCUUUGUGCACAUUUGUGCACAUCAAAGAAUUGGGGGGUGGGGGGGCACACAACAACUCCCCCCCACCCCCAUGCGUGCUGCGUUGAUGACGCCCUGCUCGUCACGGGCCACAUACUCAGGACACAGACGCAGGACUACACCUCUCUACGUCUCUUCGAAGAUAACAGACUCUUAAAAGGGCCUUUUUCUCCCUUUCCUGUUUUAAACAAACACUCCGUGAUGAAAGCACUUUUUACACUGUCAAACCUUUUUUGUACAUUUGAGGAUCUGUUUACUUCAGUCUGCAGACUUUACGGACAAAAUGUGUCUUGCUGUGGAACGAUAUGACCUCUUCUUCAAAACAUGUGGGCUCAAGAAAAUCAAGGGGUAAAGAAUGUACCCUUGGUGACAAGUCAUAGGGUCUCAUUGUCUCAUCAAAUGUUGGUUUUUACUCUGUUGAGUAGAGUAAUGAUUAACUGUGGCUAAACAUGCUGUUUGUAUCUUAUCUCAACAGGAUGUUUUGUUUGUUCCUUUAUAACAUGAAAUGUCUUAAGUCAACUGACCUCAGGUUUGCCUCUGUGGCAACUCAUACACAAACGUUUCUGUGGGAAGACUGACCUCUAGUGGCCGAUACAGAGAACAAUAGCAGAAAAGGCUUCAGACUUGCAAGCUUACGCCUACAAGCAAUACAUUUGCUCUCUUUCCUUCCUGCCUCUCUUUCUCUCUUUCUCUCUCUCUCCCUCCCUCCCCUUAUCUGGUCUAUGAGAGGGAGCAGUGCUGUGUGGGGUGUAGGGUGUGUCAUUACAGUUUUAGCCUUCAGAGCGGAACCACUUGCGUGUGAGCAACACUGAAUCAGGAAGUGGAGAGCCUGCUCAGGAAACAGAGGCACCCAGAGGAAACAAAAAAGGUGUGAACUGCCCACCAGUGACAGGAGGAGCAGUUAGCUUCAAAUCCGUUCGUUUAGAAAAUUACAAUGUUUACCAAAGACAGUAGUUUUCAAAAAAAAAAAAUAAUAAUAACGCUUCCUGAUACAGGGAGUCCAAGUGCCGGUGCAUCUAUUUGCACACAAUGGAGCCACGUAAUAGAACUCGCAACAUAACACACUGGUGAGUUUUGACGACACAGUGACAACCACAAAUGAUGUACGUGACUGCAUGAAGAGCUCAAAGCCGCUCCUCAGGGUCUAAGUGAAAUAAGAAGCGCCUUCAGAGGCCUCAAACCUUCCACUGUCUGGCCUUCAAAGGCCGCUGAGCACCUCCCACUGUUUAUCUGUUCUCUACGUGAAAAUAACUAACCACUGAGCAUGUUGACAGAGCACACACAUCAGAAAUCAAAUCAAGCCCCCCAGGGGACUCCAGCCUCUGCUGUUAAGCCUGACGGAGUAAAGCCUACCUUACACUGACAAGAUUUGGGAAAGAUUCUUGAAAGUUUGUAGUCUUUUGAGUAAAGUCUGAAUGAGGGGCAUUAGUUAAAAGACAAUCUUUCAAGAAUCUUUCCCAAAUCUUGUCAGUGUAAGGUAGGCUUUACAGGAGU